AUGGCGGCAACAAGCACACCGCUCUACACGGACGUCGAGGCCAUCUUGAGCCGCUUCCGCCGCAAGCGCAGCAAGCAAAUCGCAUUCUUACGGCGGUACCUCGACGUGCUCCAGAAGCGCGUCACCCACCUUCAAUGGUGUCACUCGACACUACUGAGCUGGGAAGACGUCUCGAAAGCACUCGCGGAAGACACGCUGCACAGAGUCCGGGAGAACCGAUCGCUGAAGCGCGAGGUCGCGACUUCCGAGGGCCUGCGCACCCUCCUCGCGGCGUGGGUGAGUGCCCACGCAUCGCCUCACACGCGGACCCCGGGGCACGAUCCGUGGACCACCGCACGGCUCUUCAACGGUGCCCCGGACGCGCGCAAGGUCGGGCUCGAAUGGAUCUUGCAGCAGAGCUACCACAGCACAUCCAGUGCGCUGGCCCACGUGUCGGCAGCGCUUCACGGAGACGAUGACGCGGUCCGCGUCACCAUGACGUUUGAUGGCGCCGAGAUGAGUCUCACGGUCACCGCGCAGUGGGUCGAGCCGUACCCGAUUUCGCAUGUCGCCGAUGCCGCGUGGAGUGCGAGUCGGUCGUUUUUAGCGACGUGCUGUUCACAGCAAUCCGACUGCUCGAGCUUGCGCGCCGCUGUGAGCAGCUACGUCGAGUACUUUCACGAAGACGUUGGCCCCCCGAGCCAGAAGAUCGUUUCUAAUGCACUCUACGGCCGAUACGACGCGCCCCACCGCACCGUGCUCGUCAUGCGCUCGGUUCUCUCGGACGAGGCCCACCCUGUGCCCCCGGAUACACACUCUGGAUAG